AUGCCCGACACUCAUUUGCACCCCUUUGACCCAGAAUCACCUUCUGUCCUGACCAACACUAUGACAACAACACCAAGCCCACUCUCCCCUGGAAGCAUCACAUUCCAGGAAACCUCAACGAACAAAGAGCCCGCCACACCAGUCGACCAUUCCAGCUCAGGCACAACCAGCAUACUUCGGAAAAGAAGCGAGUUCAAACAACCCAUCGCCGCAUCCCCUUCCAACGCUACUGUCCUGCCCCAAUCCAACAACACUACCUCGAAUGCAUCCUCCACAGGAGCAACAAAGGCCUCUCUUACCCGCCGUAUCUCAGGUCCAGGAGGUCGGUUUCAAACGGACGAGGACGAGGACGAAACCCCACGGUGGACGACACGCGUGUCCAAUUUCCUUCAAAAGGUCUACGCCGACUACUCACCCUCACUGACACUGGAGAACAAGGGGUCGAUUGCCAGAGACCAUCUUGCCAACGAGCGCACCUACCUCGCCUGGCUCCGGACGUCCCUAUCACUCAUUACUGUGGGUGUUGCGGUCACUCAACUGUUUCGACUCCAGACCAGCGACCCAGCCCAUGCAAAUCAAUUGAUCAGAGUCUCGGAGAUGGGACGACCUUUGGGCGGGUCGUUCAUUGCGCUUGGAAUGUUGUUUCUCUGGCUGGGCACAUCGAGGUACUUUCAUAACCAGAGUGUGCUAUCGUAUGGCCAGUUCCCUGCCAGUCGUGGAAGUGUCAUCCUGGCUACCGUCACAAUUCUUGCGAUCCUCAUUGCUUGCUUCAUCAUUGUCCUCCUACAGGAGAGGCCUUCCUAA